UAUUACCAAUUUUCUAAAUUGCACUUCCAAUCAAGUAAGCAACAAUUUUUUUAAGUUCUAACAAAUAACGUAGAUAUCCUCUUUUAAUUAUAAGUAUUAACAUAGUCCUAGUAUUUCAUUUUAUUUGGGAGCGCGGCAUUCCAGUAACUAUGGUAGGUCUUUAGUAAGUAGAUACGAAAUAAUAAUAGUUCACCCCAGGCAGAGUUGAUUUGUUUUUAGACACGCAGCCGUGUUCGCAUCUAGCGGUCAGCGGCACAUUACGUUAAUCUUAUCUUACGCCGGCUCCACACGUAACUAUAUAUCGUAGCGAUUAAUCUGUACAAACCGAUUUGCGCAGCUAUAUCGAUCGAGUGUAUGCAAAAUCGCUGGAGAUUAUCGUUCAUCGGUGGCAGUUUUAAUUUAUAUUAAACCUUCGAUUUAUCGGCACAGUCUGAAAUCGCUACGAUAUAUGGUAACGUGUGGAGCCGGCAUUAGUCUACUCGACCACGCGUUGCGCUGCAGUUGUCAAAAUGAUUGCUUUCCACUUUGACAUUUCAAGUGAAGUAUUUUAAAGUUUGUACCGCACUGUACUUUGAACUCGCACUAAAUUCAAAUUUUAUUACGCUCCAGUUAAUAUGAGUUGUGAAAUGUAAAUUAUUGUGUCGUUUGUUAAGCAUAUUAUAAACGGUGAUAUCGAAAUCAAGUAAACGAAUUAAUUCCAUGGCUUUUGGCGUUGACCCAAGAUACAAUGCAUAAAUAAUAAUAAGCAUUGAUGCUGUAAGUUUUGUGAGGGACUCAUUUUCUCUUAUCUACAAUUCUAUAUAAGUAAGUGAUAAUACUGCUGCAAAUACUUUUAUGAUAUCAGUAAUUGUUGACUUGUAUGUUGUCAAGGUGCGACCGAGUGAAAUACCAUUGUUGUGUCACAUUAAGGUUAUUUCAAAAUCAUGAUACUGAAAGGCAAAUUAUUAAAGGCGCUAAUUUUGGGCGCCCCAGCAUCGGGAAAAGGUACUAUUUCAUCUCGCAUUGUAAAAAAAUAUAACAUUGCACAUGUCUCCAGUGGGGACAAAUUGAGAGAACAUAUAGAGCAUCAGACAGACUUGGGGAAAGAAGUGAAAAAAUAUUUAAAUGAGGGAAAAUUAGUACCAGAUGAUUUAAUAAUAAAGUUUAUGAUAACAGAACUGAAAAAAGUUGAAAAUAAACCAUGGUUAUUAGAUGGCUUUCCUAGGACGGUUGCACAGGCAAAUGCAUUAUGGAAAACUCAACCCGUGGAUGUAGUGCUCAACUUGGUGGUGCCAUUUGAUGUAAUCAUUGACAGGGUCAAAAACCGCUGGGUGCAUUUGCCUUCAGGAAGAGUCUACAAUAUUGGGUUCAAUACACCAAAAAAUCCCGGUAAAGAUGAUAUCACCAAUGAAGACUUAGUUCAACGUCCUGAUGACAGGCCAGAGGCGGUGAGGCAGCGUCUUGAAAUAUAUGAUAGCAUUACUCGCCCUGUUAUUGAUUUUUAUAAAAAAAAGGGAAUCCUUAAAGAAUUUGAAGGACGAUCUUCUGAUGAAAUUUGGCCGAAGGUAGUGGCCUAUUUAGAUCCUAUAUUUAGCAAGAAGUAGUGCUCUACAGGACUAGAAGAUAGCUUUAAAAAUUGGUGCUAGAAUUUUUGGAAAGUUUUUAGUAUGUUUAAGUAGAAGUGAACUCAUUGUAAUUAUUUGUAUUUGAAGAGAAGCCAUUUUUGAAUAAAUUUAGAUUAAAUUAAAACAAUAGCUGCUAAUAAUAAUAGAUUAGUAAUGACUGCUCUAGCUUAUAUAGUUUGUGGAAGUAUAAUGAAAAAAAUCAUGUAAAAAUAUACUUUAAAGUUUUUUACAACUUACAUUUAAGCAAGUAUACAAAUUCUCAAAUCUGUCUUCCACAUUUGUGAUUAUUUAUAGGCAAUAUACAUGUGUACUUAUAUUUGAUUCGUUUUAGACAGCAUAAGCAUUAUUUUUGAUGUGAUGGAAUUGCAGCAAUGUUUACUUUUUAAGCAUACAUGGCAGUAGGUAUACAAAUAAUAUGUUUAUUAUUAUUAGUUAGUUGUUAAACUUAUAGUCAAUGUAACCAAAUUAUAUUAGACAAUUUUAGUAUAAUUAUAUUGCUGUUGAGUGUGAA